CGGUGACAGUCGCCAUUUUAUUUUGAAAACCAAACCGCACUGAACGCCGAGCGACCAUUGUAUUUGGACAAGUUCGGCGAAAGAGACGCGAAGGAAUGAACAUCUAACCCGAUUUCUUGGCGGCAUGAUGCUGAAAUUGAUUUUUCAGUGAGAGACUGUCUAGCACCAAGAGCCACUGACAGACGAAGCUCAUUUGGAAGCCAUAUUUUUCACACCUUUUGGGGGGGGGGCAAAGUAACUUAUCACUGAAGUGACUAAAGGGGAAUAAUGGUGAUUUUGCGCCGGGCUCGGCCGCCUGCUUCCGCCCCAACCAGCAAUGAAUCUUGACUCGCUCUCGCUGGCUUUGUCUCAAAUCAGCUACCUGGUGGACAAUUUAACAAAGAAAAACUACAGAGCCAGCCAGCAGGAAAUACAGCAUAUUGUGAAUCGUCACGGUCCCGAGGCAGACAGGCAUCUACUACGCUGUCUCUUCUCUCAUGUAGAUUUUAGUGGCGAUGGUAAAAGCAGUGGCAAGGAUUUCCAUCAGACACAGUUUCUGAUUCAGGAGUGUGUGUCGCUGAUCUCAAAGCCAAACUUUAUCUCUACUCUAUGCUACGCCAUUGACAAUCCCCUGCACUACCAGAAAAGUUUAAAGCCAUCUUCACAUUUAUUUACUCAACUGAGUAAAGUUCUAAAGCUCAGCAAGGUCCAAGAGGUGAUAUUUGGACUUGCUUUGCUCAACUCCUGCAACGCAGACCUUCGAGGUUUUGCGGCGCAGUUCAUCAAGCAGAAGCUCCCAGACCUCUUGCGGUCGUACGUGGACGCAGACCUUGGUGGUAACCAAGAAGGUGGCUUCCAGGAUAUUGCCAUAGAAGUCCUGCACUUGCUUCUCUCCCAUCUACUGUUUGGACAGAAGGGAGCCAUUGGGGUAGGGCAAGAGCAGAUUGACGCCUUCCUCAAGACACUGUGCAGAGAUUUUCCCCAAGAACGCUGCCCUGUGGUGCUUGCACCACUGCUAUACCCUGAAAAACGGGACAUUCUGAUGGACAGGAUCCUGCCAGAUUCGGGAGAGUUAGCCAAGACCAUGAUGGAAAGUUCUCUUGCAGAGUUUAUGCAAGAAGUUGGCUAUGGCUUCUGUGCUAGUCUUGAUGAGUGCAGAAACAUAAUCCUUCAGUAUGGUGUGAGAGAGGUGACAGCCAGCCAGGUGGCCAGGGUUCUGGGCAUGAUGGCUCGUACCCACUCUGGCCUUGCUGAUGGUAUCCCACUGCAGUCCAUCACUGCUCCAGGAAGUGGUAUCUGGAGUGAUGGAAAGGACAAGAAUGAUGGUUCUCAAGCACACACUUGGAAUGUCGAGGUUCUCAUUGAUGUGGUCAAAGAAGUGAACCCCAAUCUCAACUUCAAAGAGGUGACAUAUGAGUUGGACCACCCUGGCUUCAUGGUCCGGGACAGUAAAGGUCUACAUAUAGUGGUGUUGGGCAUCCAGAGAGGCCUUGGCAUGGAAGUGUUCCCUGUUGACCUCAUCUAUCGGCCAUGGAAGCACGCUGAGGGACAGCUAUCAUUCAUCCAGCAUUCCCUAAUGAGCCCAGAUGUGUUUUGCUUUGCUGACUACCCUUGCCACACAGUGGCAAUUGAUAUCCUCAAGGCCCCACCAGAGGAUGACAACAGGGAGAUUGCCACCUGGAAGAGUCUGGACCUGGUGGAGAGCCUGCUCCGGCUGUCUGAGGUGGGUCAGUAUGACCAGGUGAAGCAGUUGUUCAGCUUCCCCAUCAAGCACUGCCCUGACAUGCUUGUGCUGGCGCUGCUGCAGAUCUCCACCUCAUGGCACACACUGCGCCAUGAGCUCAUCUCUACCCUCAUGCCCAUCUUUCUGGGCAACCACCCCAACUCUGCCAUCAUCUUGCACUACGCCUGGCAUGGACAGGGCCAGUCUCCAUCCAUUCGCCAGUUAAUCAUGCACUCAAUGGCUGAGUGGUACAUGAGAGGGGAGCAAUAUGACCAGGCCAAGCUUUCGCGCAUCCUGGAUGUUGCCCAAGAUUUGAAGUCACUAUCGAUGCUGCUGAAUGGUACUCCGUUUGCCUUUGUUAUUGAUCUUGCUGCACUUGCCUCUCGCCGUGAAUACCUCAAACUUGACAAAUGGCUGACUGACAAAAUCAGAGAGCAUGGGGAACCCUUUAUCCAAGCAUGUGUGACGUUCCUAAAGAGGCGUUGCCCAUCCAUUAUGGGUGGUCUGGCCCCAGACAAAGACCAGCCCAAAAGUGCCCAGCUGCCCCCUGAAACUUUAGCUACUAUGUUAGCCUGCCUGCAGUCUUGUGCCGGGAGUGUGUCCCAGGAGUUGUCUGAGACAAUCCUGACCAUGGUUGCCAAUUGCAGUAACGUGAUGAACAAAGCCCGACAGCCACCACCUGGGGUGAUGCCCAAGGGCCGUGCCCCCAGCACCAGUAGCCUUGAUGCAAUUUCCCCAGUACAGAUGGACCCUUUGUCGGCAAUGGGUUCCCUGAACCUGGGGGCCACUGCCCCCUCCCAUACACAAAGCAUACAGGGUUUCCCUUCCUCUCUGAGCUCGGCUUUCAGUAAUCCCCAGUCCCCAGCCAAAGCCUUUCCUUCACUCUCAAAUCCAAAUCCCAGCACACCUUUUGGGGGUAUUGGCAGCCUCGCGUCGCAGCUUCCUGGUAUGGACUCCGUUCCAGGUCCCCUGAGUACAGGUAUUGGUUCUGGUCUGGGGAUGCCAGCAGUGAGCGGUGAUCCAUUUAGCACCAGGAAGAUAAGCACUCCAGGCUUGAACCCACCCACCUUUCAGCAGAGUAAGAUGAAGGCCUCUGACCUCUCUCAGGUGUGGCCUGAGGCAAACCAGCACUUUAGUAAGGAGAUUGAUGAUGAAGCCAACAGCUACUUCCAACGCAUCUAUAACCACCCGCCACACCCAACCAUGUCUGUGGAUGAGGUACUGGAGAUGCUACAGAGGUUUAAGGAUUCAACCAUCAAGCGGGAACGAGAGGUGUUCAAUUGCAUGCUCAGAAACCUGUUUGAGGAGUAUCGCUUCUUCCCCCAAUAUCCAGACAAGGAGCUGCAUAUCACUGCCUGCUUGUUUGGGGGCAUUAUUGAGAAAGGCCUUGUGACCUACAUGGCUUUAGGCCUUGCCCUUCGAUACGUCCUUGAAGCCUUACGGAAGCCUUUUGGGUCCAAAAUGUAUUACUUUGGUAUUGCUGCCCUUGACAGGUUCAAAAACAGACUAAAGGAUUAUCCCCAGUAUUGUCAACACUUGGCCUCAAUUAGCCAUUUCUUGCAAUUCCCCCACCAUUUACAAGAGUGCGUGCAGUAUAUUGAGUAUGGCCAGCAGUCACGGGACCCGCCGGUGAAGAUGCAGGGAUCUAUCACAACUCCCGGCAGCCUGGCACUGGCCCAGGUCCAGGCUCAGUCUCAGCAGCCUGUUGGGCCCAAAGCCGCUCCACCAGGUCAGCCAAGCACUCUGGUCACGACCACCACUACUACAACCACUGUGGCCAAGACCACCACUAUUACAAGACCUACAACUAGCAACUUCAAGAAGGACGUGCCUCCUUCCAUCAAUACUACCAACAUUGACACCCUGUUGGUGGCCACAGACCAGACAGAGAGGAUUGUUGAGCCUCCAGAGAAUGUGCAGGAGAAGAUUGCCUUCAUCUUCAACAACCUUUCCCAGUCUAACAUGACACAAAAGGUUGAAGAGCUCAAAGAGACUGUGAAGGAGGAAUUCAUGCCUUGGGUGUCUCAGUAUUUGGUAAUGAAGCGUGUCAGCAUUGAGCCCAACUUCCACAGUCUUUACUCAAACUUCCUGGAUACACUCAAAAACCCUGAAUUUGUCAAGAUGGUUCUUAAUGAGACAUAUAGGAAUAUCAAGGUUCUCUUGACCUCUGAUAAGGCAGCUGCCAACUUCUCUGAUCGAUCCCUGCUAAAGAACUUGGGUCACUGGCUGGGCAUGAUCACCCUUGCCAAAAACAAGCCUAUCCUCUACACAGACCUGGAAGUGAAGUCUCUCCUGCUGGAAGCAUAUGUAAAAGGCCAGCAGGAGCUGCUCUAUGUGGUUCCCUUCGUCGCCAAGGUUUUAGAGUCCAGUUUACGUAGCAUGAUCUUCAGACCCCAGAACCCAUGGACCAUGGCCAUCAUGAAUGUGCUGGCUGAGCUGCAUCAGGAGCAUGACCUCAAGCUGAAUUUGAAAUUUGAAAUUGAAGUUCUAUGUAAGAACUUGUCACUGGACAUCAACGAGCUGAAGCCAGGUAACCUGCUGAAGGACAAAGACAAGCUGAAGAGCCUAGAGGAGCAGCUGUCAGCACCAAAGAAGGAGUCCAAGCCUCCGGAGGAGAUGCUUACUCUUGUUACAACAGGAGACUUUCUUCCAUUUGCAGCUGCCCCCUCUACCCCUGCUACCACUACCACCUGCACAACUACUGGACCGCCUACCCCACAGUUUAGUUACCAUGACAUUAAUGUGUAUGCUCUGGCUGGGCUGGCCCCACACAUCACUAUAAACAUCAACAUCCCUCUGCUCCAGGCCCAUCCCCAGCUAAAGCAGUGUGUGCGUCAGUCAGUGGAGCGGGCUGUACAAGAACUGGUGCACCCUGUUGUUGAUCGAUCCAUCAAAAUUGCUAUGACUACAUGUGAGCAGAUCGUCAGGAAGGACUUUGCCCUAGACUCGGAAGAGUCACGUAUGCGUGUGGCUGCCCAUCACAUGAUGAGGAAUCUGACUGCUGGCAUGGCCAUGAUCACAUGCCGUGAGCCACUGCUCAUGAGCAUUGCCUCUAACCUCAAGAACAGCUUUGCUGCUGCUCUUAGGGCACCAACCCCUCAGCAGAGGGAGAUGAUGGAGGAGGCUGCAGCCAGGAUUGCCCAGGACAACUGUGAACUGGCAUGCUGCUUCAUCCAGAAGACAGCUGUGGAGAAGGCUGGCCCUGAGAUGGACAAGAGACUGGCUACGGAAUUUGAGCUGAGGAAGCAUGCACGCCAGGAAGGACGACGUUACUGUGACCCUGUGGUGCUGACUUACCAAGCUGAACGUAUGCCUGAGCAGAUAAGACUCAAGGUUGGAGGAGUUGACCCCAAACAACUGGCGGUAUAUGAGGAGUUUGCCAGGAACGUUCCAGGCUUCCUCCCUAGCAAUGAUCUCUCCCAACCCACUGGUUUCCUGGCUCAACCCAUGAAGCAACAAGCAUGGGCUACAGAUGAUGUGGCCCAGAUCUAUGACAAAUGCAUGGCAGACUUGGAGCAACACCUACAUGCUAUUCCCCCAACCCUGGCCAUGAACCCACAGACCCAGGCCCUGCGCAGUCUGCUGGAGGCAGUAGCUUUGGCUAGAAACUCCAGAGAUGGCAUUGCUGCAUUGGGUCUACUGCAGAAGGCAGUGGAGGGUCUUCUGGAUGCUACCAGUGGAGCAGAUGCUGACCUCCUGCUGAGAUACAGGGAGUGCCACCUGCUGGUUCUGAAAGCACUGCAGGAUGGACGUGCCUAUGGACCUCAGUGGUGUAACAAGCAGAUCACAAGAUGUUUGAUUGAGUGUCGCGAUGAGUACAAGUACAACGUGGAGGCAGUGGAGCUACUCAUCAGGAACCAUCUGGUUAACAUGCAGCAGUAUGACUUGCAUCUGGCACAGUCCAUGGAGAAUGGCCUGCACUACAUGGCAGUUGCCUUUGCCAUGCAAUUAGUGAAGCUUCUGCUUGUGGAUGAGCGCAGUGUUAGCCACAUUACUGAGGCAGACCUCUUCCAUACCAUUGAGACCUUGAUGAGGACCAGUGCACACUCCAGGGCCAAUGCACCUGAGGGUCUUCCUCAAUUAAUGGACGUGGUUCGCUCAAAUUAUGAGGCCAUGAUUGACAGAGCCCAUGGUGGACCCAACUUCAUGAUGCACUCUGGGAUUUCCCAGGCAUCAGAAUAUGAUGACCCUCCUGGGCUAAGGGAGAAGGCAGAGUACCUGCUGAGGGAGUGGGUCAACCUGUACCACUCUGCUGCUGCUGGCAGGGACAGCACCAAGGCUUUCUCUGCCUUUGUUGGACAGAUGCAUCAGCAAGGCAUCCUGAAGACAGAUGACCUGAUUACACGGUUCUUCCGAUUAUGCACAGAAAUGUGUGUGGAGAUCAGCUACCGGGCACAGGCCGAGCAGCAGCACAAUCCAGCAGCCAGUGCAGCCAUCAUCAGGGCCAAGUGCUACCAUAACCUGGACGCCUUUGUUAGGUUAAUAGCCCUGCUAGUUAAACACUCUGGAGAGGCCACCAACACAGUUACUAAGAUCAACCUGCUCAACAAGGUCCUGGGCAUUGUAGUGGGGGUGCUGAUCCAAGACCAUGAUGUGCGUCAGACAGAGUUUCAACAGUUGCCAUACCACCGCAUAUUCAUCAUGUUACUGCUGGAGCUCAACGCCCCAGAACAUGUUCUAGAGACAAUUAAUUUCCAGACACUCACCGCCUUCUGUAAUACCUUCCACAUCCUGCGGCCCACCAAAGCACCUGGCUUUGUGUAUGCCUGGCUGGAGCUCAUCUCCCACCGCAUCUUCAUUGCCAGAAUGCUGGCGCAUACACCGCAGCAGAAGGGUUGGCCCAUGUAUGCUCAGCUGCUGAUUGACCUCUUCAAAUACCUGGCCCCUUUCCUUAGGAAUGUAGAGCUCAACAAACCUAUGCAAAUCCUUUACAAGGGCACCCUGCGUGUGCUCCUGGUCCUGCUGCACGACUUCCCAGAGUUUCUUUGUGACUACCACUAUGGUUUCUGUGACGUCAUCCCACCCAACUGCAUUCAGCUCCGCAAUCUCAUUCUCAGUGCCUUUCCACGAAACAUGAGGCUCCCUGACCCCUUCACCCCCAACCUCAAGGUGGACAUGCUGAGUGAGAUCAACAUCGCUCCACGUAUCCUCACCAACUUUACUGGUGUUAUGCCCUCCCAGUUUAAGAAGGAUCUAGACUCGUACCUGAAGACCCGUUCACCAGUCACCUUUCUGUCUGAACUGCGCAGCAACCUGCAGGUGUCCAAUGAACCAGGGAACCGCUACAAUAUCCAGCUGAUCAAUGCUCUAGUACUGUAUGUGGGAACACAGGCCAUUGCUCACAUCCACAACAAGGGCAGCACCCCCUCAAUGAGCACCAUCACUCACUCGGCACACAUGGACAUCUUCCAAAACUUGGCAGUGGACUUGGACACAGAGGGUCGUUACCUGUUCCUGAAUGCGAUAGCCAAUCAGCUACGCUACCCCAAUAGUCACACCCAUUACUUCAGCUGUACCAUGCUUUAUUUGUUCGCUGAGGCUAACACAGAGGCCAUCCAGGAGCAGAUAACCCGGGUUCUGUUGGAGAGACUGAUAGUGAACAGGCCACAUCCCUGGGGACUGCUUAUUACCUUCAUUGAGUUGAUCAAGAAUCCAGCCUUUAAGUUCUGGAGUCAUGACUUUGUGCACUGUGCCCCUGAGAUUGAAAAGUUGUUCCAGUCAGUAGCCCAGUGCUGCAUGGGACAGAAGCAAGCUCAGCAGGUGAUGGAAGGCACUGGUGCCAGCUAGUCUGUGUCCCAGCCAGUCUGUAGCUUAUGGGAGAGAUGCUGGAUCCACCCCACACACAUUCUUUACUGUUGGCACUGGACAAACUGGCAUUGACACUUACUUAAAUGUGGAUGAAAGGACUACUGCUCACAGCGCUAAAGUUUGAUUUUUGAAGGCAUUUGGACAUGCUGUUAAAUAUUUUAAGCUUUGAUGUAAAUAUUGGGAGAGGGAGUGGGGAAAGAUGAGGAGAAAUAUGAAAUGUCCAAUGAAAAUGUAAUAUGACAUGUAUAGACACAUGUAAACAUAUUUCACUCACUACCAAAGUCCCCAGUUUGCCUCCCUCCCACAUGAACUAGGUGUUUUUUUUCCCCUGAAGUUUUGCAUUCAGAAGUUUAAUAAAAGCUGCCUGCUAUUUUUUUCUUUUUUGACUGGGGAGAGAAAGUGUAGUUCGUCCCCCCCCAAGGGGGUUUGGGGGUGCACUCGUGAUGUGUGUGUGGGGUGGUGUUGGAGACUGUCCAUUUGAAAUUGUGGCUCUGAAAUCCUCUCCCUGGCAUUUGUAAAAUUGUGGAAAGUUAGAAUGGCAAAUAGAGUCUUGAAAAUUUGUACAAAGACCCAAAUUGCAGAACAACAAAAGAAGGACCAAUACAGCCCAUUUUGUAAGGAUUUUGAAUGUUUUGUAAAUGUAUUGGUCCACGUGUUGUAUUUUGUAGUCCUUUCUAGUUGCCUUUAGUUCUUGCUACUUAACUGCAAUAUGCAUACAUACAGGAAAUAAAGCAUUAGAUAAUUGAA